AUGCUAUCUUUAAUUGACUUUCUUGGAAAAUUCGACAUAUCUUUGCCACCAGAAGUUGAAGAAGGAAAUAUUGAAUAUAAGGUGAAACUUGUCAAUCCAUCUUCAAAUCGGCUGCAACAUUUAAUAACUCAGAUGAAAUGGCGUUUGCGAGAAGGGCAAGGAGAAGCAAUAUAUGAACUUGGAGUGGCAGAUGAUGGUACAAUGAAGGGUUUAACCGAUACGGAAUUAGCUGCAUCAUUAAAAACUUUGAAAGCUAUGGCAACUGCUUUAAAUGCAAGUAUUGUCACGAUAGGUGAACGUGAUGUCACGCCCAAAAAUUCAUCAUGUUGUCGACGUGUUGUUGAAUUACUAGUUCGUAAAGUACCAGAUAAUCAACAGUUCGUUGAACUCAGGUGCAAAUGCUGGAAAAUCAACACUAUGUGGUGUAUUAACUCAAGUUCAAUAUGCUUGGAUACAAUUGGUUUUGAUUCACUGGGAAAACUAAUAAAUUAUUCCGAUCAUUCGUUGGAAGAAAUCGCCGAACAUUCAACGAAGUUGGUAACUUUAAUUGAUUUAGCUGGUGAUAGCAAAUAUCUAAAAACAACAAUUUAUGGGCUUACAGGCUAUUUACCACAUUUUGCGGCAUUAGUUGUUAGUGCUGUAACGGGUCCAACACCAAUUACACGCGAACAUUUAGGUCUUGCCGUUGCUCUCAAUAUCCCUGUGUUUGUUAUUAUCACAAAAAUUGACGUUGUAAACAGAAUCACCUUAAUGUCACGUUUUCUAAAAUAUGUCAAUGUAACUGGGUUAUCAAAUGUUUUCGAUCUCGUAAAAAGGCUUCUUGAACGACCAGGUAUGGAGCGAAUUCCGCAGUUAGUCGAAAAUUCUGAUGAAGCUAUCAACUUCGCUACUGAAAUGUUGGCCAAACAUGUAGUUCCAAUCUUUCUUAUAUCAAACGUAUCUGGUCAAAAUCUAUACCUACUGGAGCAAUUUUUAAAUGUUCUUUCUCCUAGUAGUUUGUCAAAACUGGAGCAGGAAGGAAUUUCUCCGCAUGCUCCACUGUUUUCAGUGGAGGAAGUUUAUCGUGUUCCUCAGGUCGGUAUUGUAGUUUGUGGCAUGCUAACAAAUGGGGUGUUACAUGAAAAAGAUUCUAUACAAAUUGGUCCUUUCAAAAAUGGUAGCUAUCAGAUUGGAAACAUUGAAACUAUUCGAAGAAAUAAACAACCUGUGCAAUUUAUACGACCUGGCGAAGCAGCUUCUUUGGCCUUAACCCUUGAUGAAAAUAUUUUUGAUGGAAGCAUACGACGAGGUAUGGUCGUGCUCGAUGCUAAAGAAGAAGGGAUAUCAUGUCGUCGUUUUACUGCUCGACUUUAUCUGUUCCACCAUCCAGCUAAUGAAAUUUGUGUGGGCUUCCAAGGAACUGUUUAUGUUGGCUCAGUGCGUCAAACAGUCACAAUAAUAGAAUUGGAUGCUCCAUCAGUAACAGCUUGUCAGUGGGUCACUGUUCUUUUUGAAUUUUAUAGUUGCCCAGAAUACAUCCGUGUUGGAACCCCGUUUAUCUUUCAUGAAAGUAAAACAAAAGGUGUUGGUGAAGUUAUUCAAAUACUCAACUCAAAUUAG